AUGGUAGCAUCUACUCUAUCAUCGUCUUUUCCAGACAAAUCCUCGGCCACUGCUAUCAUCGUUCCCAGCAAGCCCAACCCUCUCACCAUCUCAUUUACCCAACUGUCUCAUGAUAUCCGUCAACUCCAGGCACAGCUCGCUCAACUUGGUAUCCGACAUGGCGAUGCAGUCUCAAUAGCAUUGCCCAACACUUACGAAUUCAUCGUCUCCUUUCUCGCAACUUCCUACCAGAGAGCAAUUGCCGCACCUCUAAAUCCCGCAUACAAACAAGAUGAAUUUGAAUUCUACAUUGAAGAUCUCUCCUCAGCCGUGGUCAUAGUACCCCAAGGAGCAUUCGCCAAGAAUGGACCUGCAGUACGAGCAGCAAGGAAGUUCCAGGCUGCGAUAGCCGAGUGUUUCCUCCAGGACUCUAAAUUGGUCUUAGAUGUGAAAGAGCGAGGGAAGUUGGCUCAACGACAGUCCGAAUCGGUGGCACGUGCUCAACCUGAGGAUGUCGCUUUGGUUCUACACACCAGUGGAACCACGGGAAGACCAAAGGCCGUUCCAUUGACUCAUCGCAAUCUGACCCGGACCAUGCAAAACAUUGGCAAUACGUAUGAACUCACACCGAAAGAUAGGACGUAUCUGGUGAUGCCCCUGUUCCAUGUCCAUGGGCUGCUGGCAGGAUUUCUGGCCCCUUUGAAAGCUGGAGGGUCUGUGAUUGUGCCCCCGAGUUUUUCUGCAAGGACCUUCUGGAUUGAUUUUAUUGCACACAAGGCGAACUGGUAUACGGCAGUCCCUACGAUACAUCAAAUAUUACUGAAAAAUGACCCACCGAAACCCAUGCCUCAGAUUCGGUUCAUUCGAUCAUGUUCUUCUCCAUUGUCUCCCAACACGUUCCGCCAACUGGAGGAAACAUAUGGUGCUCCAGUCCUCGAAGCAUAUGCUAUGACGGAGGCCGCCCACCAGAUGACCUCAAAUCCACUACCCCACCAUGGUAAAAGACAACCCGGAAGUGUUGGUCUUGGACAGGGUGUGGAUGUCAGGAUUCUCGAUGACCAGGAUAACGAAGUUCCUCAAGGUGUAGAGGGUGAAAUCUGCAUCCGAGGGGAGAACGUGACUAAAGGCUACAUCAACAAUGAAAAGGCCAAUCGGGAAGCUUUUACAUCCAACGGGUUCUUCCGGACUGGCGAUCAAGGCAAGAAAGAUCCGGAUGGCUACGUUAUCAUAACUGGUCGAAUCAAGGAGCUGAUUAACCGAGGAGGAGAGAAGAUCAGCCCGAUUGAAUUAGACCAUGUGAUCGCUACACUACCUCAAGUGUCGGAAGCAGUCAGCUUUGCCAUUCCUUCGGAACUGUUUGGACAGGAAAUUGGCGUGGCCGUUGUACCUAAACCUGGGAGUACGGUCACGGAGGACAAGAUCAUUGCAUAUGUGGUGAGCAAAACGGCUAGUUUCAAAAAGCCAAGCAGGGUUUGGAUUUUGAAAGAGAUACCCAAGACAGCGACAGGCAAGAUCCAGCGAAGGAAAGUGGCAGAUUCAAUGCUCGCCAAGGAUAUACCCAGACCUAGACUAUAA